AUGGAAGAGAAAUUUGUGGUUGCAUGCUUCUGCAAGGACAGCAAACAGCCAUCCAGAAGCCACUACCAUUGCCCAUUUUGUGAAUUUCGCAUUUUAGCUAGGGCAGGCAUUUUCAUACACCAUUUGAAAAGCACACAUGGUAUCGUAUCAGACAAAAGACAAGAGAGGCCAAGCACUUUGAAGAGAAAGAGUGACACUCUGAAAGAUGACUUUGAUUCAAAGCGUGACCAGUAUGCAUGUCAACACUGCAAAGCUGUGUUAAGUUCUACAAAAAACCUGCGACGACACAUCAGAGACACACAUAAUCUUGACACAACACCUACAAUAUGCAUCGAUGUGAAAAAGGGAAUUUAUGUCACUCCAAAAUACGACCACAGUCCCGUUUUUCCCAUUCACGUAGUUAAGUCAACCAAUCCACCAAAAAUUGACUGUGAGGAAGAAAACUGCCGUCAAUUCAUGCGGAUUGCACACAGUUCCGGAAGCCCAGGAAAAGAAUGUCUCCAUCUCGAAAGAACAAAUAGAGGAAAGCCUUAUUCCAAACCAGCAGCCCUCACAUCCACAUCACUGAAAGACAUGCUAAGUAAAGGGCUCAUGUCGUCUGAGUGGGGUGUGAAAUGUGAGGAACUAAACAAUGCCGCGAACAACCUUGGAGUGGACUCUGUUUUUCCUAUAUGUUUUAAAGAUGAGGGGUAUUCUGAAAGGUGGCACUUCUUUUCUGUUUUCACAAAUGAGACAGACAACUGGUGUCAGUUUGGGAGGACACGGGUAACAUUUGAUGCUGUUGCAGGACAGUGGAACUGUAAGUGUCGGGGAACAGGUAAAUCACACCGCUGCAUCCAUCGCAUGAUGGGAAUGUGGUGGAUUUUCCAGGAGUCACCAGGCAUCCUAGUGGCCACUGCAGACAUCCAAGCUGAGGACAUUGAUGACUUGGAAAGUCACAUGUUUGAGAGCAACAUCGCUUGUGAGCCAGACAAUGUCAAUACACACAAGAUCUGUGUUAUGACAGAAUAUCUGCUCAACCAUAAGUGCAUCCCGUGUCUGCAGGAGCUACCACUGGACUUGAGGACUCUAGAAAAACAGCCACCACUGUGUUUUAUCCCCACAGAAGACACCUGCCCCUACUGUCCAGGGCCUACCCCUCCAGCACUCAAUCCCCCCAAAAUGGUGACUACCCAAGGGAUGGUGUAUGGCAUGAAUUUUGUCAAAAAAGGUAAAGACAAAGUGUCUCUGUUGCGGUGA